AUGGCAGAGACAGGCAAAGGCGAUUUCCCCUGGGUGGCUGAGCAUCCACCCAGCACACCCACCUAUGGCACCACCUAUGGCACCACCCACUCACUUUGCCCACCGGGUCUCCCACCUAACACGAACCAUCCCUGCAUCCACCCAGCACAUCCACCAAUUGUUCCAGCACCCACCAACUUUGUGUCUCCACCACCCACCCUGCCCGGAUCCAUCGUGCCGUUGGCCAAUGCGUACAGCUGUGCCUCCAUUAGGCAGAUCGUCAUCCAGUGCAUAAGAUUCGCCCAAGUUCCUGUUUUGGAUGAAGUAACUGCUGGCACGAGCGAGGACUGCUUGCACUUAAAUGUGUGGACGCCGAGUAUCUUGCGUUGCUCAAGUGGCUGUCAACCAAAGCCCGUGAUAAUGUUUUUCUAUGGACGGGACUUUGAGCACGGCUUCAGCAACUACCUUUACUACGACGGUACCACGCUUUCUGGAUUUGCUGACGUCGUAGUAGUGGUCCCCAGCUACAGGCUAGGCGUCUUUGGGUUCCUUAACGCGAACACGAGCGAUGCACCAGGAAACGUCGGUCUUCUCGACCAGCAGCUUGCUCUCUCCUGGGUUUACAAUAACAUCGCUGCUUUCAACGGAGAUCCCAACAAUGUUGCCUUGGUGGGCCACGACACCGGUGCUAGCUCCCUCGGCUACCUCAUGAUGGCCUCAGCUGGCAGGGGCAGAAUGCCGCGGUCUUCAAGCCGAUUCGUGUUUCAUUCAGGUAGCCCACUUCGAGUACUGCCGGACAACACUGGUCCAGCAGGAAUCGCCAAUAUGCGUGCUCUAGCCCAAAGACUGUCCUGCCUGCUCACAAAUGACACGCAAGUGCUGGAAUGCUUGCGACAAGUGAGCGUCGCUAACCUGACAACGUGA